UGUAUUCUAUAGUGUCAUAUUUAUUAAUAUUUGACAUCUGGUCAAAUGGUGUAUUUUAAAACGACUCAUUGCAUUCAAAGACAUCAUACUUAUACUAUUAUGUGUUUUUGUUCUCAGAUAGAGGGGAAGUCAAAGAUAGGACAGAAAAAGUAAUGAAGGAAGUAGGCAGAAGUUUCUUUAAAUGAGGAAGUUUACAAAUAGUUCCAUAUACUUUUAAGGUUUGUGUCGGUGCAAUGAAUAAAACUUAAAAACGUGUGGAGCUUUAGUAUAUCACCAUACCACAGUUUCGAACACAAUUUAGAAAGUGUGUUCCUGAUCUGGCAGCUUUCUUUGAACUAUCCAGUACGUUUUUUGGCCAUACCACAUCCUGUUCAGCUAGACAACAUUUGAACAUGGUAUGUAGUCGUUGCCUAAAGUGAGGGGAGUUUUACUAAUUUGUAAGGUUAUUAGUAAGUGUCUAAACUUCUACUGAAGGUUGAACAGAUAUGGAAGAUAGGGUGCAGACUCUGCCCUUUUUCUUUGGCAACAUCACCCGAGAGGAAGCUGAGGAACACCUGCGACAUGGGGGAGCAGGAGAUGGUCUUUACCUGCUACGCCAGAGCCGUAGUUACCUUGGUGGCUAUGUCCUGUCAGUGUCCUACGGCCGCCAGUACUAUCACUACACCAUAGAGAGAGAGCUUAAUGAGACAUAUGCAAUUGCAGGGGGCAAAUCACACAGAACCCCAAUAGAUGUAAUUGACUUUCACUCACAGGAGUCCGAUGGGCUUAUCUGUUUGCUUAAGAAGCCCUUUAACCGGCCACGAGGCAUAGAACCUAAAGUUGGACCCUUUGAAGACCUGAAAGAACAACUCAUCAGACAGUAUGUCAAACAAACCUGGAACCUGCAGGGCUCAGCCCUGGAACAGGCAAUAAUUAGCCAGAGGCCUCAGCUGGAGAAACUAAUUGCCACAACUGCGCAUGAAAAGAUGCCAUGGUUCCAUGGCAAGAUUGACCGUGAGGAUUCAGAGCAGCGUUUGCUUAGGAUCCCACACACUAAUGGCAAAUUUCUAAUAAGAGAGAGGGAGACCAAUGCUAAAUUGGUGUCCUAUGCACUGUGUCUCCUCCAUAAUAACCAAGUCAUGCACUAUCGUAUUGAUAAGGACAAGGCUGGAAAACUCUCCAUUCCUGAUGGCAAAAAGUUUGACACACUUUGGCAGCUAGUGGAGCACUAUUCUUACAAGCCCGACGGCCUGCUCAGAGUGCUCACUGAGUCUUGUCCGAGACCAUCACAUUUUUCAGAGCGAGGUGCCACAGGUGGGAUUCUCUCCAGAAUCAAAUCGUACUCCUUCCCCAAACCUGGCCAAAAAAAGGGUCAUCUUCAAAAUCCUUAUAACAUUGACUCAAACGGCAGAGGUGAUCUUCAAGCUAUGCCAAUGGACACACAGGUUUAUGAGAGUCCAUAUGCAGAUCCUGAAGAAUUGCGCUCAACUACAGUAAACCGGAGUGACCUGAUACUUGAGGAUGGAGAGUUGGGCUCAGGCAAUUUUGGCACGGUCUUAAAAGGCAUUUACCAGAUGAAGAAGACACAAAAAGUUGUGGCUGUAAAAAUCCUAAAGAAUGACGAUAAUAACACAGCAGUAAAGGAGGAGAUGUUUCGAGAGGCCAGCGUCAUGCAGCAGCUGGAUAAUCCAUAUAUCGUACGCAUGAUCGGCAUUUGUGAAGCAGAGAACCUUAUGCUGGUCAUGGAGCUUGCUGAGCUGGGGCCACUGCAUAAGUUCCUGCAGAAGAACAAACACAUAUCCGUGAAGAAUAUUGCUGAACUGGUUCAUCAGGUCUCAAUGGGAAUGAAGUAUUUGGAAGAGCACAACUUCGUUCACAGAGAUCUGGCAGCCAGAAACGUGCUUUUAGUUACUCAGCACUAUGCCAAGAUCAGUGACUUUGGACUCUCUAAAGCUUUGACAGAAGAGGAGAAUUAUUACAAGGCUAAAAGUCAUGGUAAAUGGCCCCUGAAAUGGUAUGCACCUGAGUGCAUGAAUUACUUGAAGUUCUCUUCUAAAAGUGACGUGUGGAGCUUUGGAGUCCUGAUGUGGGAGGCUUUUUCAUAUGGACAGAAACCAUACAAGGGCAUGAAGGGAAAUGAAGUCAUUCAAAUGAUUGAGAGCGGAGAGAGGAUGUCUGCCCCACCCGACUGCCCGGCUGAGAUGUAUGACCUUAUGAAGAAAUGCUGGACAUACAAGCCGACGGAGAGACCAGGAUUUUCUGUAGUUGAACCCAGAUUGCGACAUUACUAUUACGACAUAUCCCAAUGAUGACCAUGACCAGAGCACAUACAAAAAUGGUUCAACGUGGUAUUUAAAAUGUAAAUUUAAUGUGAUACAAGCAUCAUUUUUGUAAUUGGCUGUUUGUUGGCUUUCCAUGAAACUUUUUAUACAUUCAUAUUUUCAUUUAGUAAUAAUUAAUUGAACAAAAUUACCUCCUUCAAUAGUAUUUAUGCAUAGGGAAGAGCAGGGUCGAAACUAACAUUGGACAAAAGUAAUGAAGCGAUUUUCUCAGAGCCCUGACUACAUUUGCAUUUCAAGCUAUGGCAGCACUGAUCAAUUUACAGGUUAUUUAGUGCUGUAACAUCCUGCAACGUGUUCAGUAUAUAAGUAAGUAAGGUUUAAAUGUCAGGAGUUCCCAUAGGGAUGAAAGUAACACUUGUUACUUUUGUCCCACUGCUAAUGUGGCACUUUCUGUAUGUGAGCAUUUAUUAAAACCUAUCUUAAAGCCAUAUCUUAAAGGCGGAGUCCACGAUGUUUGAAAACCAAUGUUGAUAUUUGAAAUCACCUAAACAAACACGCCCCUACCCCAAUAGAAUCUAGACCUUCUGUUGAUAGACCCGCCCCACACAUACGCAACCCGGCAAGGAUGUCGGUUAGUAGAAACGCUCUAGUAGACAUGUUUUGGUAGUCGGCUCGUCUCCUUUUCCCAAGCGUUUUGUUAAACAUAGUGGACUCCGCCUUUAACUUUUCCACCUUCAAUCCUAAUGUUUUUAUUCACAUUUUAAAUGAUGCAUAAAAACAAAUGGAAGGUAACAGGAUACUGUUGCAUUAUGUUAAGAAUGAUUUUUUUUCCAAAACUGUAAUUUAAAAUAAAAAUGUAAUUUAAAUUUGUUGGCAAUGAUAAAGGACAAAAUAUGUUUGCAUUCAAAUAUUAACAAGGUUAUAUUUAGAUGUAUUUGAUAAUAACAAGUGUAACAUAAAAAUCUAUCUUAUUCUGUUGUGUUACUUUUGACCCACUGAUGGGUCGAAAGUAACAAUAUACAACUUAUAAUUUCACUUUGAACAUAAGUCGUUCUACAUUUGUACAAAAUUCCACCUGAACAGUAUUCAUUUUAAGACAUCCUCUGACUUCAGCGGUAGCACUUAUUAGAUAAAACAGCAUUGCGCCUCAUACUGAAGGGCUUUCAUCCUCAGCAAAACAUGGUCACGACUAAAGUCUUACACAUUAGCCAUUGGGCAAAAACGGCCUCGAACUAAAUGGCAUUGGAUGAAACGGCAUUACACUAAAAGGCAUCAGCCAUCAGGUCUCGCACAACAAGGCAAUCGGACUAAACGACCUCAGACAAAAAGGCAAAAGUGAAAGUGACAUGAAAAGGAACAACAACAAUUUAUGUUAGGGCUACAAUUAAAUACACAUGUUAAAGAAACAAGUCUUUAUUGAUCUCCUGUAAGUUUGCGCUAGUGAUGUCAUACGAAGGGGCUGGGUCACAUGUAAAAUCAUCUGAUGGGCAAAUCAUUUUUGGUCUGAGGCCAUUUUGUGCGACGCCUUGUUCCGCAAGACCUGCCACUUACUGUAUGCUGAAGUCUGAGGAUGUCCUAAAAUGUACACUGUAUACUUGGUAUUGAUAGACUACACAGACUACACGUGAGGUAUUGACCACAGCAAAUAUACAGUAUAUCUUUGUCCAAAACAUUUUCUUUCAAAAUUAAGUCUAAAAAAAUGGUACUUUCACCCCGCUCUCCCCUAAAUUCCAAAUAAUUACCUGAAAGCAUUUCACUUUUAUUUUAAGCAAUGUAAUGCAAAGCUUUUUUUAUUCAUUAGACCUAAAUUUGGCAGUAGAAUGCAUGGUUUGCAAUAAUAAAAGUGCAUUUUGUUUGUUUUUCA